UUCUUGCAGUUUAAAAUGGCGGCGUUGAGCAGCGCCGAGUCCCCACCGCCCGUCUUCAACGGAGACGCCAUGGAUCGUGAUCCCGAGCGGGAGAGGGGACUGGACGAACUGGGAGCGGGGCUCGACCCCAUAUGCUCCGGGGGGAUCCCGGAGAGCGAGCAGGAUAUUCCCGAGGAGAUCUGGAACAUAAAACAGAUGAUAAAGCUGACACAGGAGCACCUUGAAGCCCUCUUGGACAAGUUUGGCGGUGAACAUAAUCCCCCGUCGAUAUACCUGGAGGCAUAUGAGGAGUACACCAGUAAGCUGGAUGCUCUUCAGCAGCGGGAGCAGCAGCUCCUGGAGGCCAUGGGGAAUGGGACGGACUUCUCCUGCGGCCCCGAGACCCCUGACCCCGGCCCCGCCCUGCUGGAGCUGAAGCCAGGCUUCCCCUCCACCCCUUCGUCAUUGGCCGUGCUGCAGACCCCCAUAGACAUCGCCCGGGGCAACCCCAAAUCGCCACAGAAACCCAUCGUCCGGGUGUUCCUGCCCAAUAAACAGAGGACGGUGGUUCCAGCUCGCUCUGGGAUGACCGUGCACGUCUCGUUAAAGAAGGCCCUGAUGAUGCGGGGCCUGAUCCCAGAAUGCUGUGCGGUCUACAGGAUACAGGACGGGGAGAAGAAGCCGAUUGGCUGGGACACGGACAUCUCCUGGCUCACGGGGGAGGAGCUGCACGUGGAGGUUCUGGAGAACGUUCCGCUGACGACGCACAACUUUGUGCGAAAGACCUUCUUCACGUUGGCCUUCUGCGACUUCUGCCGGAAGCUUCUCUUCCAGGGCUUCCGCUGCCAGACCUGCGGCUACAAGUUCCACCAGCGCUGCAGUACGGAGGUCCCGCUCAUGUGCGUCAACUACGACCAGCUGGAUCUGUUACUCGUGUCCAAGUUUUUCGAGCACCACCCCAUCACGCAGGAGGAGGUGUCGUCUGAGGGCACCACGCCCGUUUCGGAGAUGUGCCCGGCCCUGCCCCCCUCCGACUCCGCCGGCUCCCUGUGCCACCCUGCGGCCUCCCCGUCCAAGUCCAUCCCGAUCCCCCAGAGCUUCCGGCCGGGGGACGAGGAGCACCGGAACCAGUUCGGCCAGAGAGACCGGUCCUCCUCCGCCCCCAACGUGCACAUCAACACCAUCGAGCCCGUCAACAUCGACGACUUGAUACGCGAUCAUGGUUUACAGAAGUCUGAUGGAGGCUCCAUGACAGGACUGUCCGCCACUCCGCCCGCUUCUCUCCCAGGUUCGCUGACGAGCGUCAAGAUGGCGCAGAAAUCUCCCAGCCAGCCCAGGGAGCGAAAGUCGUCAUCGUCCUCCGAGGACCGCAAUAAAAUGAAUAACCUGGGUCGGCGGGACUCCAGUGACGACUGGGAGAUCCCCGAGGGCCAGAUCACCCUGGGCCAGAGGAUUGGGUCCGGCUCCUUCGGAACCGUCUACAAGGGCAAGUGGCACGGAGACGUGGCGGUGAAGAUGCUGAACGUCACGGCCCCCACUCCUCAGCAACUGCAGGCCUUUAAGAACGAAGUGGGAGUUCUCAGAAAGACGCGUCACGUGAACAUCCUGCUCUUCAUGGGCUACACCACCAAGCCCCAGCUGGCCAUCGUCACGCAGUGGUGCGAGGGCUCCAGCCUGUACCACCACCUGCACAUCAUCGAGACCAAGUUCGAGAUGAUCAAGCUCAUCGACAUCGCCCGGCAGACCGCCCAGGGCAUGGAUUAUUUGCAUGCCAAGUCCAUCAUCCACAGAGACCUCAAGAGCAACAAUAUUUUCCUGCAUGAGGACCUGACGGUGAAGAUUGGGGAUUUCGGGCUGGCCACAGUGAAGUCCCGCUGGAGUGGCUCGCACCAGUUCGAGCAGCUGUCUGGGUCCAUCCUGUGGAUGGCUCCAGAGGUGAUCCGGCUGCAGGAUAAGAACCCGUACAGCUUCCAGUCGGACGUGUACGCCUUCGGCAUCGUGCUGUAUGAGCUCAUGUCCGGGGCGCUGCCGUACUCCAACAUCAACAACCGCGACCAGAUAAUCUUCAUGGUGGGGCGGGGCUACCUGUCCCCUGACCUGAGCAAGGCUCGCAGCAACUGUCCGAAGGCCAUGAAGAGGCUGAUGGCCGAGUGUCUGAAGAAGAAGAGGGAGGAGCGGCCCCUCUUCCCGCAGAUCCUGGCCUCCAUCGAGCUGCUGGCUCGCUCCCUUCCCAAGAUCCACCGCAGCGCGUCGGAGCCGUCGCUGAACCGGGCGGGGUUCCAGACCGAGGACUUCAGCCUGUACGCCUGCGCCUCCCCCAAAACACCCAUCCAGGCCGGGGGCUACGGGGAGUUCUCUGCCUUUAAGUAGCGGAGGCGAUUCCAGCAGAACAUCCCUGAUCACCUUUCAACAAGUCUUGUGUUCCUACCGUGGGUUCAUCCAUUAUCCAAAAAAGAAAAAAUCGUAUGCUACUAAAGUGCGCUGUUUCCUACACCGGAGCAGCAAAAACCAAACGGACAAACUCAAGAAAAUGGGGAAAAAUUUGACAAAUGAAAAAUAGCACAAAAAAAAGAAAACGAAAAAAAAAAAAAAAAACUUUAAAGAUAACCACCAAAAAAUAAAUUAAGAAUAUAAAAAUCAAUAAGAAUUCCCUGACCGUGAAGGUGUGGAUAAACCCGGUAGGAGACGAUCUCCCUGGAGCGCACAGGAGAGAGGGAUGAGGGAGGAGAGCAAGAAGACUGAAUGGGGAGGGGGAAGGGAGACGGAGGC